CUUCGCUUGGAUCCUCACCUCCAUUGAUUCUCCUGCAAACAGAAGAGAGGGAGGAGGUCAGGAGCCAUGAUCGGGGCAGGCAAGAUCAAGCAGUACGCCAACGUCCUCGAUAAACCCCUGAGCAGGGGCAGGCAAGAGGGUGAUUUGAAUUAUUGAAGGCUUAAGGACUUGCUCGGGGGCUAGAAUGGUCAGCUUAAGUGCAUUUGCAUUCUUGUUUUCGGAAUUGGUGCAGUACAAUCAAACUCGAGUUGAUAAUAUUGCAGAAUUGGAGCGAAGGCUAGAGGAUGCAGGCUAUGCUGUUGGAGCCAGAGUUCUUGAACUGCUUUGCCAUAGAGAGAAGGGAAACAGAAGGGAGACACGGCUACUUGGGAUUUUGUCAUUUGUGCAUAGCACCGUGUGGAAGGUGCUCUUUGGAAAGGUGGCUGACUCACUUGAGAAAGGAACUGAACAUGAAGAUGAGUACAUGAUCAGUGAAAAGGAACUUCUGGUUAACCGAUUUAUAUCCAUACCGAAAGACAUGGGGACCUUCAACUGUGGGGCAUUUGUUGCUGGAAUUGUAAAGGUGAGAAUGGGAUAUGAUUUAGCUGUAUUUCAUUGGCUUUUUGUUACAAGUAUUAGUAGUAAUUGGCCAAAACUUAAUAAACUUUUGUUUCUUGAGAAGGGUGUCUUAGAUGGUGCAGGUUUCCCUGCUGUAGUGACAGCACAUUUUGUACCUGUAGAGGGUCAACACCGACCACGGACGACAAUUUUAAUAAAGUUUGCUGAAGAGGUACUCCAAAGGGAAGCAAGACUUGGCUGAAGUUCUGACAGAUAUUUGCAACCGCUGCACUCGACGGUAUCAGGCAGUGACCAGUGCCGAUGACAUCUCUAGCUGAUAAUUUUGAUUUUUUAUCUGAUGACUUCUAAAUCUCACUUGGAUUGCGGAUAUUUGCCACAAGUCUUUCCAGAUACUUUUAUGCAUUAACCACGCUGGAGUUUCUAUAUCCAGUCUGCGCAUUCUAGUGCUAGAAAAGCUGCAGACUUAAAGCACAGCGUUUUACCUUGCUUUUCAGAGGGAGCAGCUUAAAUUCUUAUUUAAUCUCAUACUUAAAUGUAGCUAGUUGUUUUAACAGUUCUGCCUGUGGCUGCUUGUUUCUGUUACCGGAUGAGAUUGGAUCUGCUUGAUGCAUGGUUGGAUUGUAUCACAUUCACAUUUGGACUAAUUCUAUCACAUUCACUUAUGUGCUA